ACGAUGGCCCAGCGUGAUUUGACAUCUUUUGACAAUGUAGCACACGGUAGCAUACUAGAACCUACACUGCCUGGUGAAUGAACCGAGCUAGCAUUAACCAAGUUGGCGAUCGUUCGGUGUAGCUUAUUCAGUAGCCGUAAUACGAGUGCGGGAGUAGUACCACGAAACGCGAUGAUGACUCGGCGGUUAGGACCAGUGUGGCCCCGGGAAGCGUCUGCACGGGGGGUUUGGGCUUCCUGGUCGGGAAAGUAAACGAGAGCAUCAAGUCCCAAUGCGACCAAGAACCGCGACUCGCGCAUGCCCACAGCCAAUCCACGGCACCGCAAUAUUAGCAAAACCCCGCCAGCGAGCAGGGGGCGUCGGUUUCUUUGUCUAGAUAAAUACCAGCUGCUGGGUUGACCUGCUCGUGUUCAUUAACGUACUCUCUUUGUGUCUCGACUGUGGCCAACCGACCGGCAAAAUGGGCCGCACGCUGACAUAUCCCAAACGAUCCGCGAACACCGUCAAUCGCUACAAACAUAGAGCCACCUAUGAUCUCGAAGCCAUCCAUUCCAUCGUCAAUGUGGCCCCCGUGCUGCACGUCUCCUUGACCGACCCUUCGGAGCCCUUUCCCGUCACUCUGCCCAUGAUCGGCCAUAUGGGAGACUUCCACCACCCCUCCUCCGGCCUCGACGAGCCUCUCGAUAUCUACAUGCAUGGAUAUGUGAGUUCGCGUCUGAUGAACGAAGCCCGCUCCGCCGCCGCGUCAUCCCCAGACGGCGGGCUCCCCGUGUCCAUAUGCGCGACGAUGGUCGACGGAAUCGUCCUCACGCUGACGCCAAACUCGCACAACUACAACUAUCGCUCUGCCGUCAUUCAAGGAUACGCCCGGCCCGUAGACGACGACGAGGAACGGCUCUACGCAAUGGAACUCAUUACCAAUUCCGUGGUUACAGACCGGUGGCGUCACUCUCGGGUGCCCCCCGACAACGCGGAGAUGCAGUCCACGACCAUUCUGCGCGUGAAGGUAGUCAGUGCUAGCGGGAAGAUUCGUGAUGGCGGAGUUACGGACCUGAAGAAGGACUAUGAGAACGAAGAGGUGACCGCUCGUGUGUGGACGGGCGUCAUUCCCAUCUGGCAGACCAUGGGUGAGCCAGUUCCGAGCGCAGGCAAUCAAGUUGCUCCGGUGCCCGAGCAUGUCACCUCGUACAUUCGUCUUCGGAAUGAAGAGAGCGAACGGUAUGCUAAGCAUGCAGUGACGGUUCCUUUGCCCAAGGAAGAGAUACACUAGAGGCAAUGACUCGGAAUUAAAUGUAGACCAAACACUUGGCGUGUCUGCUUUGGCGUCUUUGAUGCGUUUUAAUCAGUAUGGGACAUCAGAAUGCAAUAAUAUCCUAUAUUAUCAAUAAUUCUUGGAGCUAAGUCCGGCUAUGUCGAAACGCUUAACUGAAGAAAAUUCUAGUCACAUCUUCAACAGCAGUACGGCCCUACG